AUGUUCCCCCUCCGAGUCCUCUGCGCCAUAGCACCUCUCCUCCUCGCCGUUCGUGCCGAUGUCGACCUCGAUCUCGACGACGUUCCCAACGCGUGUCAAUCCAUCUGCCGGCCCGUCAGCCAGCUGGCGAGGGUCUGCGAGACGGACGCCAAGGGCACCUCGGACCGCGACAACGACCUCCUCGAGGCCCAGUGCGUCUGCACCAACAAGAGCUUCGACGUCGCCAAGGUCGCCGCCCUCUGCGCCGCCUGCAUGCACCAGAACAACGCCAGCCGGGACGACCUCGGUGACAUCGACGGCCUGCUGGCCACCUGCAGUUUCUCCAGUACCACGUACGCACCAACCGCCACCGGUCUCGUCUCGAGCAUCAGCGUCUCGGCAACGCCCGUCACCGAUUCUAAUCAGCUGACGACGACCAUGGCGGGCGGCACCUCGGCGGGCGCCGUCCAGACGUCAAAGUCGACGACGUCGAGUCGCAAUGCCGCCCCGACGCGGGGGGCCGGCGUCCUCUACGUCGCCGGCGCCGUCGUUGCGGGAGGGCUGAUGUUGUAG